CAUGGCCCGGCUCUCUGCUCCGUCUGCCGGGGCCAGCUAGGACCAGCACCAGCACCCUGCGUCUUGACGUGGUCCCCCCGCAUGCAGCCGCCUCUUCGUCCGGUGCGGCAAUCUGCAGAGUCGCUGGACUCGGGCUGGUCCGGACCGCCCGCAGAGCCGCGGGCUGGUGCUUGACUUCCGGACGUGCGGAUGUGAUGCCCGAGGAGGGCUGCGGAACAAAGGUCCGAGUGUAGGAAGGUGCAGCAGUCGGCCGUGCGGCUCGGUUCCGACCCGUCCGGCGCCGCCAUGUUCAGGAACAGCUUGAAGAUGCUGCUGACGGGGGGCAAGGCCAACCGCAAGAGUCGCAGCAGCGAUGGAGGCAGUGAGGAGCUGGCAGAGCCCCGCUCACCUGCUGCUUCAGACCCUCACCUGAGACACUUUGGCCACGGCGGCAGCGUGGACAGCGACUGUGCCUUCGAGGGAGACUACGCCGCCGUGCCGGCGCUCUCCAUGGCGGAGGGCGUGCAGCAUCAGCAUGUUCGCAUGAUGGAGGGCGUGUCGCGCUCGCUGCCCUCCUCGCCGCUGCUGGGACACCAAGCGCUCGCCGUCCGCCUGCACACCGUCAAGAAGCUGACGGCCCCUCUGCGGAAAGCAAAGUUCGUGGAGAGCCCUCGCAUUCCGCAAUCAGAGCUCGGCUCCCCCGACCCCGCCAAGAGCCCCCCCCACCUGGACGGAAUACGCCCCGGGGAGUCGAGCCGGGAGCUGGGCCCCCCCCCCUCGGUGGAUGAAGCCGCCAACACAUUGAUGACGCGCCUGGGCUUCCUUCUGGGAGACAAAGCGAGCGAGGGGCCGGCCGGGCCCCACUACAGCAUGGAGGAGCCUGAGGCCAGACAGGGCCACAACCAGAACCAGAACCAGAACCAGAGGAUCAGCCCAUGCUCCACCUUGACCAGCAGCACCGCCUCCCCCCCCGCUGGCAGCCCCUGCUCCACCCUGCCCCCCACCAUGCAGGGCCAGGCCGUCACCAGUCCCACCUCCACGCUGGAGAGUCGGGACAGUGGCAUCAUUGCCACACUGACCAGCUACUCUGAGAACGUGGAGCGCGGCGGCGGCGGCGGCGGCAAACACGGCAACCUGAAGCUGUGGCAGAAAUCAGGCAUGGACUCCUUCUUGUACCGCGUGGACGAGAACAUGACGGCGUCCACCUACAGCCUCAACAAAAUCCCCGAGCGCAGCCUGGAGAGCAUGUCCUCUAACUCCGCCCACUCCAUCCCUCUCUACCUCAUGCCCCGCCCCAACUCUGUGGCCGCCACCAGCUCGGCUCACCUGGAGGACCUGGCCUACCUGGACGAGCAGAGACACACCCCCUUGCGCACCUCCCUGCGCAUGCCCAGACAGAGCACCACCUGUGGGCCGGGCCGCUCGGGGCAGGACCUGAGAGCCUCCGCCAACAACUCCCACGCCUGGCAGUCUCAGUCACUGCGCUUCGCUCCGUACCGGCCCCAGGACAUCGCCCUCAAGCCGCUGCUCUUCGAGGUGCCCUCCAUCACCGUGGACUCGGUCUUCACGGGCCGCGAGUGGCUCUUCCAGGAGAUCGACGCCCACCUCAACCGGCCGCCCUGCGGCGGCAGUCGCGGCGUGGUGGUGGUGGGCAACAUCGGCUUCGGCAAGACCGCCAUCGUCUCCCGCCUGGUGGCGCUCAGCUGCCACGGCACCCGCAUGAGGCAGAUCGCCUCCGACAGCCCGCAGGCCUCGCCCAAACAUGGGGAGGGGCUCCCGCUCAGCCAGCCCCAGCCCGCACACGGCACCCUGGGGGGGGGCAGCUGCCCCGGCACCCCCGAGAUGAGACGCCGUCAGGAGGAGUCCAUGAGGAGGCUGGCCUCUCAGGUGGUGGCCUACCACUACUGCCAGGCGGACAACGCCUACACCUGCCUGGUGCCCGAGUUUGUGCACAACGUGGCGGCUCUGCUGUGCCGCUCGCCACACCUGGCGGCCUACAGGGAGCAGAUGCUGCGGGAGCCGCACCUCCAGAGCAUCCUCAGCCUGCGCUCCUGCGUCCAGGACCCCCUGGCGUCCUUCAGGCGGGGCGUGCUGGAGCCCCUGGACGCCCUUUACAAAGAGAGGAAGAUCGACUCGGAGGAGGACCUCAUCGUCCUCAUCGACGGUCUGAACGAGGCGGAGUUCCACAAGCCGGACUACGGCGACACCAUCGUCUCCUUCCUCUGCAAAACCAUCAGCAAGUUCCCGCCUUGGCUGAAGCUGGUGGUGACGGUCAGGACCACCUUGCAGGAGAUCGCCGGCCCGCUGCCGUUCCACCGCAUCUCCCUGGACAGCCUGGAGGAGAACGACGCCAUGGACCAGGACCUGCAGGGCUACAUCCUGCACCGCAUCCACAGCAGCCCCGAGAUCCAGAACAACAUCUCGCUCAACGGCAAGAUGGACAACACCACCUUCGGCAAGCUCAGCGGCCACCUGAAGGCCCUCAGCCAGGGCUCCUACCUGUACCUCAAGCUGACCUUUGACCUCAUCGAGAAGGGCUACCUGGUCCUCAAGAGCUCCAGCUACAAGGUGGUCCCGGUCAACCUGGCGGAGGUCUACCUGCUGCAGUGCAACAUGCGCUUCCCCACGCAGUCGUCCUUCGAGCGGGCGCUGCCCCUCCUCAACGUGGCCGUGGCGUCCCUCCACCCGCUGACCGACGAGCAGAUCUACCAGGCCAUCAACGCCGGCUCGCUGCAGGGCACGCUGGACUGGGACGACUUCCAGCAGCGCUUGGACAACCUGUCCGUCUUCCUGGUGAAGAGGAGGGACGGCACCCGCAUGUUUGUGCACCCGUCCUUCCGGGAGUGGCUGAUAUGGCGGGAGGAAGGAGAGAAGACCAAGUUCCUGUGUGACCCCAGGAGCGGCCACACCCUGCUGGCCUUCUGGUUCUCCCGGCAGGAGAACAAACUGAACCGGCAGCAGACCAUCGAGCUGGGCCACCACAUCCUCAAGGCACACAUCUUCAAGGGUCUCAGCAAGAAAGUGGGGGUCUCCUCGUCCAUCCUGCAAGGUCUGUGGGUGUCCUACAGCUCUGAGGGGCUCUCGGCCGCGCUCUCGUCUCUGAGGAACCUCUACACGCCCAACAUCAAGGUGAGUCGUCUGCUGAUGCUGGGCGGGGCCAACGUCAACUACCGCACGGAGGUGCUGAACAACGCCCCCGUGCUGUGCGUCCACGCCCACCUGGGCUACAUGGACAUGGUGGCGCUGCUGCUGGAGUACGGCGCCUUCGCCGACGCCCCCUCCGAGAGCGGCCUCACGCCGCUGGGCUACGCCGCCGCCGGGGGCCACAUGGCCAUCGUGACGGCGCUGUGCCGCCGGCGGGCCCAGGUGGACCACCUGGACAAGAACGGGCAGUGCGCGCUGGUGCACGCGGCCCUCAGGGGCCACAUGGAGGUGGUGAAGUUCCUCAUCCAGUGCGACUGGAGCGGCGGGCAGAGCCAGCAGCAGGCCGGCUUCACCAAGAGCCACGCCGUGCAGCAGGCGCUCGUCGCCGCCGCCAGCAUGGGCUACACUGAGAUCGUGUCUUACCUGCUGGACCUGCCCGAGAAGGACGAGGAGGAGGUGGAGCGAGCGCAGAUCAACGACUUCGACUCGCUGUGGGGAGAGACAGCUCUCACAGCGGCCUGCGGCCGGGGGAAGCUGGAGGUGUGCCGCCUGCUGCUGGAACAAGGCGCCGCCGUGGCUCAGUCCAACAGACGAGGCAUCGUGCCGCUGUUCAGCGCCGUCCGGCAGGGUCACUGGCAGAUCGUGGACAUCCUCCUCGCGCACGGCGCCGACGCCAACCUGGCGGACAAGCAGGGCCGCACGCCGCUCAUGAUGGCCGCCUCAGAGGGACACCUGGGAACUGUGGAGUUCCUGCUCUCCCAAGGAGCCUCGCUGUCGCUGACGGACAAGGAGGGCCUGACGGCGCUCAGCUGGGCCUGCCUCAAAGGCCACAUGCCCGUCGUCCGCUUCCUGGUGGAGAGCGGCGCCGCCACCGACCACGCCGACAAGAACGGCCGCACGCCGCUGGACCUGGCCGCGUUCUACGGCGACUCUGACGUGGUGCAGUUCUUGGUGGACCACGGCGCCAUGAUCGAGCACGUGGACUACAGCGGCAUGCGUCCUCUGGACCGGGCGGUGGGCUGCAGGAACACGUCGGUGGUGGUGGCCCUGCUGAAGAAAGGCGCCAAGAUAGGAUGUCAGACGCUGCCCAGUCGGCCCCGAGGUCCGGCUACGUGGGCCAUGGCCACCUCCAAGCCCGACAUCAUGAUCAUCCUGCUCAGCAAGCUCAUCGAGGAGGGCGACGGCUUCUACAAGAAGGGGAAGGUGAAGGAGGCGGCACAGCGCUAUCAGUACGCCCUCAAAAAGUUCCCGCGCGAAGGCUUCAGCGAGGACCUCAAGACUUUCAGGGAGCUCAAAGUUUCGAUCUUCCUCAACCUGUCCCGGUGUCGGAGGAAAAUGAACGACUUCGGGAUGGCUGAGGAGUUCGCCACCAAGGCUCUGGAGCUGAAACCCAAAUCCUACGAGGCUUACUACGCCAGGGCCCGGGCCAAGCGUAGCAGCAGGCAGUUCCCCGAAGCCUUGGAGGACCUGAGUGAAGCCAUGAGGCAGUGCCCCAACAACCGCGAGAUCCAGCGGCUGCUCCAGCGCGUGGAGGAGGAGUGUCUCCUGCUGAGCCAGGGCGAGGAGCAUCAGCAGACGGACCUAGUGCUGGAGCCGCCCCCCUCCCCUCCACCCACGCCUCCCCCGGAAGAGGAGGACUCCUUGUCCCUCUCCAUGCCUCUGCCCCCGCCCCCGGAGCCCCGUCUGGAGGACAUGGAGCCCGUCCAGGACCUCUUUGAAGACGAGGACUACCUGGAGCAGGAGUUGGAGGCCAUGUCAAUGGGCCUGCCCCCACCUGAGUCCCUCGCCAACCCCUCCAACCUCCCAAUCAUUCAGAGCCCCCCGCUGUCCCCCACACUCCCAGAUCAGAUCUACCUAGCUGGAGGUUCUCCCAUGGGCCAACCCUAUGAGUACCACCCCACCUCAUCCUCCAUGUCCUCCCCGACCCGCGGCUCCUACCAGACCACGCCGCCCUCCCUCUCCCCGACGCAUCACAACUCCCACUAUCGACACAGUCCCCCCAACACCUCCCCGGGGCACCAGCCGUCUUACCGGUUUAGCCCGCCCCCCAUGGGCGGCCAGGGGAUGGACCGUCAGAGCCCGCCACCCUCCCCUUUGCGUCGGGCUGCCCAGUACAGAGCCAGCCCACCCGUGGAGAGUGUUUGUCUUUACAGGUCCCAGUCUGGCUCGCCGGUGCGCUACCAGACGGAGCAACACCCCGGCCGCCCCAAAUCCCCCUUGUCCAAGAUGAGCAGCCAGCGGUCCUUCCAGCUCAGUUCGCAGCCCUCCCUGUCGUCCCAGCACCACCAAGCCCAAGGCCUUCGUCUUCAACCCUCCAUCGCCCAGAUUGUGCGCACAAACCAGCCCAGCAGCUACGGGGGCCAGAUGGGCCACUCCAUGGGGAGUCGCUACCCGGGCGGGUCAAUGGACGUGGAUAGCCGACUGGUGUAUCAGCCUUCCCUGGACGGGCGCUCCAUGUCCCAGGUGCAGGCUGGCCUCAGCUCUGUCGCCCUCUGUCAGCACGGCGGCCGAGGAGGGGUCAUGGAGUCGGGCUUGUUGAAGGACGAGCUCCCCCAGCGCCCCUCCUCUGCCUACCGCGCCAGCAGCGGGGCUCCGACCGGCAUGCGUUACAGCCAGACGCCUCAGAUAAGUCGCAGCCAGUCCGCCGCUUACUACCCGGUCUCUGAGCACGUCCUGGAGCGCGCCAAUGCAUUAUCCCCCUGUCAACUAGGCUCCCCCGAGGUCCCGCACAUGGUGAGACGUCCCGUCAGCGCCAAUACCAGCGAAAUGAAGCCGCACAUAGCCCCGCCCAGGCCCCUCAUCCACUCCCAGAGCGUUGGCCUGCGCUUCUCCCCCUCCAGCAACAACAUCUCCACGGGGUCCACCUCCAACUUAGCGCCAAGCUUCAGGCCAUCCGAGAUCCCCUUGCAGGCUGCCUACGAGCGCCCCUGCGAGGACAUCUCCCCCAUAUCUCCCCCGCAGGGCGGCGGAGGGCUGUAUCAGGGCGAGCCGCAGCGUUCUCGUAACACCCCCUUCAUGGGCGUCAUAGACAAGACGGCGCGGACUCAGCAGUACCUGCAUCAGCCCUCUCGGCCCCGGGCAAUGACGUCCAUGGACUUGGCCAUCAGCCCCACCUCGCCCGGCCAGCUGGUGCAGCAGGGCUCCACCUACAGCCCCCCCACCUCUCUAGGCAACAUCGCCUACUACAACAAGACCAACAACGCACAGAACGGACACCUUCUAGAGGAGGACUACUACUCCCAGACUCCGCCGCCCUCGCUGGGCAAGCUGGCCAACGGCUCGCGCGGCUCGGGGGACAUCCUGGAGCGGGUGAGCCAGGUGCCCACCUACCCCGACGUGAAGGUGGCCAGGACUCUGCCCGUGGCGCAGGCCUACCAGGACAACAUGUACCGCCAACUCUCCCGGGACUCCCGCAGCCAAGGGCCCAGCUCCCCCAUCAAACCAAAGAGACCGUUUGUGGAAUCCAACGUGUGAUCGAAACCCCGGGAACUUUUAGGCCGGCGGGAAGAUGGACUUUAAACAUAAAGGACUACACUUUGACUCCAUCUAGUAAAACUUUCCAGGUUCUGACUGACGACCGUGCUCUUCUUCCAAAACAAACGGGGGACUCUUCAUCUGGUGUUCUUUCAAAGUGUGCUCUUAACCACGGUUGCUCGUAGGCUCUGCUCGAUGUUCUACAAUACUCGGUGUUCUAUAGUCUCAGCAACUCAGUACUUCCACAAGUAUUUAUAUUUAAGUUAUAUAUUGUACAUAGAGAUCAAAGGAAGCAUAGUUGCCUUCGCGCCGCCCCCCCUGCUGCUGCUCGAACGCGGACGCGAGGACCCAGGGACCAACCUGGAGUCGGUGGUUUAUGCUCUGCACAAGGCAGGACGUGCAUGAAUGUACCUUUUAGCGCGUCGGGAGGGGGGUACUGUCAUGUCCUGUCCCCAGUUUGUUUCUUUUUUUUCGUCCGAUGUGGCGAAAGCGGACGCGGGCGGGCGGGCGGGCGGGCGGCCAUGUCUCAUCAGCGGUCGACACAACGCGACAACAGAGGUUGUAAUGAAGAUGUAUAGACUUUCUAGCACAAGUUGUACAUUGAAUCUACGAGUUAUGGAUGGAUAUUAAAAGUACAAGAUUGCUCCUCUAAUGAAUAUCUUGACGGGAGUUCCACCUGGUACCGGAGAUGUCCCACUUAUCUUUUCCGAGAUGAAGGCGCAACGUGUAUCAUACCUAAUUUGGUCUUCUACAUUGAAGCUAUCCGAGAGUGUGUGUGUGUGUGUGUGUGUGUGUUAGCUGUAAAUACUCUGAUGCAUGUUCUAUUCUCCUCAAGCAGAAACAUGUACAGUAUAAUCAGGGGUGCCCGUUAGGUUGAUCACGGAGGGUGUGUCAGUCCAUCCAUCCAUCCAUCCAUUUUCUUCUGCUUAUCCGAGGUCGGGUCGCGGGGAAGCCCAGACUUCCCUCUCCCCAGCCACUUCGUCCAGCUCCUCCCGGGGGAUCCCGAGGCGUUCCCAGGCCAGCCGGGAGUCAUAGUCUUCCCAACGUGUCCUGGUCCUUCCCCUAAACACCAGGCGUUCGGGUGGCAUCCUGACCAGAUGCCCGAACCGCCUCAUCUGGCUCCUCUCCAUGUGGAGGAGCAGCGGCUUUACUUUGAGUUCCUCCCGGAUGACAGAGCUUCUCACCCUAUCUCUAAGGGAGAGCCCCGCCACCCGGCGGAGGAAACUCAUUUGGGUCGCUUGUACCCGUGAUCUUGUCCUUUCGGUCAUAAUCCAAAGGUCAUGACCAUAGGUGAGGAUGGGAACGUAGAUCGACCGGUAAAUUGAGAGGUUCGAAGACGAUCAGAUACCGUCGUAGUUCCGACCAUAAACGAUGCCAACUAGCGAUCCGGCGGCGUUAUACCCAUGACCCGCCGGGCAGCGUCCGGGAAACCAAAGUCUUUGGGUUCCGGGGGCAGUAUGGUUGCAAAGCUGAAACUUAAAGGAAUUGACGGAAGGGCACCACCAGGAGUGGAGCCUGCGGCUUAAUUUGACUCAACACGGGGAACCUUACCUGGCCCGGACACGGAAAGGAUUGACAGAUUGAUGGCUCUUUCUCGAUUCUGUGGAUGGUGGUGCAUGGCCGUUCUUAGUUGGUGGAGCGAUUUGUCUGGUUAAUUCCGAUAACGAACGAGACUCUGGCAUGAUAACUAGUUACGCGGCCCGGUGCGGUCGGCGUCCGAACUUCUUAGAGGGACAAGUGGCGUUCAGCCACGCGAGAUUGAGCAAU